AUGGACAAUAAGGCGCUGGAACCUGACUCUGUGAGCAUCCCCAUGGAGGAGGCCAUCAUGUGUAACGGAGACGGACAGCUUCAGCCUCAGCAGCAGCAGCAGCAGCAGCAGCAGCAGGAGCCGUCCAUGCUGACCCACCUGAAGAAGGUGGAGAACGAGAUCACCGAAGCGCAGCGUUUCUCCCACCUACCCAAACGCUCGGCCGUGGACCUGGAGUUCAUCGACCUCUCCUACACCAUCCAAGAGGGCCCGUGCUGGAGGAGGAGAGGUUUCAAAGCCUUACUGAAGUGCCUGUCCGGGAGGUUCUGCAAUCGGGAGCUGAUCGGUAUCAUGGGGCCCUCAGGGGCCGGGAAGUCCACCUUAAUGAACAUUCUGGCUGGAUACAGGGAAACAGGGAUGAAGGGUCAGAUCCUGGUCAAUGGUAAACCCAGGGACCUGAGGAAAUUCAGGAAAAUGUCGUGCUACAUCAUGCAGGAAGACAUGCUGCUGCCACACCUCACUGCACGGGAGGCCAUGAUGGUUUCAGCGAACUUGAAGCUGGAUGAAAGUGUGGAUGUUAAGAAAGCUCUGGUGAACGAGAUCCUGACCGCCUUGGGGCUCCUCGACUGUGCUCACACCCGCACCAGCUCGCUGUCGGGAGGUCAGUGUAAACGUCUGGCCAUCGCCCUCGAACUGGUCAACAACCCUCCGGUCAUGUUCUUCGAUGAGCCCACCAGUGGCUUAGACAGUGCGUCGUGCUAUCAGGUGGUCUCACUAAUGCGUUCUCUGGCGCUGGGAGGACGGACCAUCAUCUGCACCAUCCACCAACCUAGUGCCAAACUCUUUGAGAUGUUUGACAAGCUUUACAUCCUCAGUCAGGGACAGUGCAUCUACAAAGGCACAGUCCCGUACCUCAUCCCCUACCUGAAGAGCCUGGGCCUGUACUGUCCCACCUACCACAAUCCUGCAGACUUCGUCAUUGAAGUGGCGUCAGGAGAGUACGGAGACCUGAACCCGGUGCUGUUCGAGGCGGUCCAAGGUGGAAUGUGCGCAUUAGAGGAGAAGAAGAACCAGUGUGGUAACAAUGGCACAUCUGUCUGUGCAGGGAAAUACCCCAAGGACGCUGGACACAUAGAGAGUCAUACUUUUGCCACAAGCACGCUAACACAGUUUUGUAUCCUCUUCAAGAGAACCUUCAUAACAAUAUGCCGAGACCAGGUUUUGACCCACCUCAGACUGAUGUCCCACAUCUCCAUAGGUGUGUUAAUAGGUUUGCUCUAUCUGAACAUUGGCAAUGAUGCCAGCAAAGUCUUUAACAACACCGGCUUCCUCUUCUUCUCCAUGCUUUUCAUCAUGUUCGGUGCGCUCAUGCCAACCGUGUUAACCUUUCCUCUGGAGAUGUCUGUGUUCCUGAGGGAGCAUCUUAACUACUGGUACAGCCUGAAGGCCUACUACCUGGCCAAGACCAUGGCGGACAUCCCCUUUCAGGUUAUCUGCCCCAUCAUGUACUGCAGCAUAGUGUACUGGAUGACAGAGCAGCCUCCUGAGGCCAGCCGCUACCUGCUCUUCAUCGCCCUGUCCACCUGCACCGCCCUGGUAGCCCAGUCGCUAGGCCUGCUGGUUGGGGCCGCGUCCACCUCACUACAGGUAGCCACAUUUGUAGGACCUGUCACGGCUAUCCCAGUGCUGCUGUUCUCUGGAUUCUUCGUGAACUUCGACACCAUCCCCAAGUAUCUGCAGUGGAGCUCCUAUGUGUCGUAUGUCAGGUACGGGUUCGAAGGGGUGAUUCUGUCCAUCUACGGGAUGAACCGUUCAGAGCUGGAGUGUCCGGGGAAGGUGUGUAAGUUCCAGCAGCCUGAGGAGGUCCUGCAGCUGUUGGACGUGGAGGACGCAAAGCUCUACAUGGAUUUCAUUGUGCUCGGCAUUUUCUUCAUCAUCCUACGACUGGCCACUUACCUUGUCCUCCGCUACAAGGUCAAGUCUGAGCGAUAG